AUGGAACUCAGCAGCAGUGACGUGAGUCAAGUCAAAUGGUUCAACCCGCACGGCGACCCAAGCAAUGUGGGAAUCGCGUGGCAGCGAUGGCUGCGUAGCUUCGAGCUGUAUGCAGUCGGACGAGGGGUGAAAAAUGCCGAGCAGAAACGAGCGUUGUUGCUACACCUGUGCCGGACAGAAGUGCAGGAUAUCUUCUUUUCCUUGGAGGAAGAAGAGGGUCAGACGCCUACGAGAAAUCAAAGAAAACCGAGCAAACAUUUUCAGCCGAAAAUCAACGUGCCGUAUGAGCGGUAUUGCUUCAGGAGCAUGGCGCAGGAGGACGGCGAGUCGAUAGAGAAGUUCAUCGUGCGGCUGCGGCAACGAGCUGUUCGCUGCAAUUUCCAGAAGCAGACGAGGAAAUUCGUGACCAAGUGA